AUGAAGUCAGUGCAGUUUUGUUUCCUUUUUUGUUGCUGGAAAGCAAUGUGCUGCAGUAGCUGUGAGCUGACCAACAUGACCAUCACAGUGGAGAAAGAGGAAUGUGGCUUCUGCAUAAGCAUCAACACCACUUGGUGUGCGGGCUACUGCUAUACCCGGGAUUUGGUGUACAAGGACCCAGCCAGACCCAACAUCCAGAAAACAUGUACCUUCAAGGAAGUGGUGUACGAGACAGUGAGAGUCCCUGGCUGUGCUCACCACGCAGACUCCCUGUACACAUACCCAGUAGCCACUGAAUGUCACUGUGGCAAGUGUGACAGGGCCAGCACUGACUGUACUGUGCGAGGCCUGGGGCCCAGCUACUGUUCCUUCAGUGAAAUGAAAGAAUGAAGAGCAACGGACAUUUCUGGAUGCCUACCCUGGUCCUAAAGGACCAAGAUAUCCAAAAAGUCUGUGUGUAUAAGUGU